UCAGUGGCAGUGUGUCAAUGGCCGCAGAUGCAUCGCAAAGGAAGGCUCUGAGAUACAAACAGUCCCUGCUCUAUGGGGAGUACAGUGAACAACCAGGAGGGUCCUGUGAGCGAGGGGCUGGUCACCUACUGACAGAGAACCAGACGAAGAAACAUCCUCAUCGUCAUCACGAUCAUGGGCACCAUCAGUAUGGUCAUCAAAGAAACCAUCGGCACAGUCACAGCCGCCGUAGCCGACGCCACAUGGUUCCGGGUGAUGGACAGAAUGGAAAAGAAUCAGAGAAGAGGCGUGCAUCCUCGCCCAAAACACCACCCUCCUACUCCAAGUGUAAAGACUGUGUGGCUCGUGUCCAGACGUUCCUAGUGACUAAACUGGGAGAAGACUGGAUCUUUCUAGUGCUCCUGGGGAUCUCCAUGGCGUUAGUCAGCUGGACCAUGGACUAUGCCAGCGCCAAGAGCCUUCAAGCUUAUAAGUGGAUGUAUGGAAAACUGAUGGGAAAUGUCCCACUGCAGUUCUUGGUUUGGGUCGCCUAUCCAAUGAUGCUCAUCUUGUUCGCCUCCUUCUUCUGCAACCUGGUUGCUCCACAAGCCAUCGGUUCUGGUAUCCCUGAGAUGAAAACAAUCCUUAGAGGAGUUGUGUUGAAAGAGUACCUCACAUGUAAAGCCUUUGCAGCAAAAGCAGUUGGACUUACAGCAGCGCUAGGAAGCGGAAUGCCAGUAGGCAAAGAGGGUCCUUUUGUACACAUAGCCAGCAUCUGUGCCGCUGUGCUCAGCAAGUUCAUGUCCUUUUUUUCUGGGGUCUAUCAGAGCCCAUAUUGCUACACCGAUAUCCUCACAGUCGGGUGUGCUGUGGGGGUUGGCUGCUGUUUUGGUACCCCUCUUGGAGGAGUGCUGUUCAGCAUUGAGGUAACCUCGACUUUCUUUGCAGUGAGGAACUACUGGAGGGGGUACUUUGCUGCCACAUUUAGUGCCUUUAUAUUCAGAGUGCUUUCCGUGGUCAAUAAAGAUGCAGUCACCAUCACUGCUCUGUUUCGUACCAAUUUCCGCAUGGACUUCCCGUUUGACCUACAGGAGCUGCCGGCAUUCGCCAUCAUUGGCAUUUUUUGUGGGUUUCUUGGAGCUUUCUUCGUCUACUUGAACCGGCAGAUUGUCCUCUUUAUGAGAAGACCCAACCCGCUUACAUGGUUUCUUACCAGACACCGACUAAUUUACCCAGGAGUUGUAACAUUUGUCAUCACAAUGCUGACAUUCCCUCCAGGAUUUGGACACUUUAUGGCUGGGGAGCUCAUGCCAAGAGAGGCUAUAAACUCUCUGUUUGAUAACUUCACCUGGGCCAAAAUAUGGGAUGCGCCUGCUCCACCUGGUCUGGGACGAUCUUCUGCCUGGCUUCAUCCAGAUGUCAAUGUGUUCAUCGUACUACUUCUCUUCUUCAUCAUGAAGUUCUGGAUGUCAGCUGUUUCAACGACAAUGCCCAUUCCCUCUGGAGCAUUCAUGCCUGUGUUUGUACUUGGCGCAGCAUUUGGUCGACUAGUUGGGGAGAUCAUGGCUACUCUGUUUCCUCAUGGAAUUCUCUUUGAUGGCAUCCUCUACCAGAUCAUUCCUGGAGGGUAUGCAGUCAUUGGUGCAGCAGCAUUGACAGGAGCUGUCACUCAUACAGUCUCUACUGCCGUGAUUUGUUUUGAGCUGACUGGUCAGAUCUCCCACAUUCUGCCCAUGAUGGUAGCAGUGAUCCUUGCCAACAUGGUGGCACAAGGACUCCAACCUUCCCUCUAUGACUCCAUAAUCCAGGUCAAGAAGUUGCCCUACCUCCCAGAGCUAGGUUUUGGACAUAUCAGUCAAUAUAACAUUUUUGUUGAAGACAUCAUGGUGAGAAAAGUGAAAUAUCUGUGCUCACAGUCAACAUACCGAGAAGUGCAAAAUCUAUUAGACUUAACGACUCUUAAAAAUUUCCCUUUGGUGGAUUCAAAAGAAUCGAUGAUCCUCUUGGGAAGCAUUGAGCGGGCGGAGCUUCUUGCCCUCUGUGACUGGUGGCUGUCAGCAGAGCGGCGGAUCCUGAUGCAGGGAGAGGGUGUGCAGGGCCAAGGGUUAUGUGGCAGCUGGGAAUCCAUUGCCUAUGUGGAUGAAGAAGGGGAAGACAGUGGUGGUGAAAAGGGUGGGCCGACGCUGGAAGAAAGGAACGGACCUUUACCUUCACCCAAACAGCCAGAGCCCACCACAAAUCAAACCCCUCCUGCUAAAGGUCCCCUCAAGUCUUUCAGGAGAACGUUACACUUCCUUUUCUCCUCCUCUUCAGAAAGACAGACAGAGGAGCAGCCGAAGGAGCCAACUCCUCCACCUCUCACUGAUACAAUGACCCCUGAAGAGGUUAAAGCAUGGGAGGAGUCAGAGAUGGAUAAGCCACUAGAAUUUGAGCGGGUAAAGAUAGAUCCAUCUCCUUUUCAGCUAGUGGAGAGAACGUCGCUACACAAGACUCAUACAUUGUUCUCCUUAUUGGGACUCAGUCAUGCCUAUGUUACCAGCAUAGGCAUGUUAGUGGGAGUUGUGGCACUCAAAGAGCUUCAGAAAGCCAUCGAGGGCUCGACUCGGAGCGGUGUCCGUCUGCGUCCCCCUCUGGCCAGUUUUCGUGACACCAUUCAAAAGUACUCCAAGCCGACCCAAACCUCCUCACCCCCAACGUCCCCAAUGUCUUCUUCCGCUCCAGACUCCUACCAGAUUCCAUCCCAAGUUGUCCCCCCAGUUCUUGUGGCCCCUCCAGAACAGAAGGAAGAGGCGGAAGUGUGGAUUGAAGGAGUAAAGCGGGAGAUAGUGGUAAACAUCAGUUGUUCCACUAUAGGUAGCAGCUGUGGAAGUAGUAGCUCACAAACAGGAAGUAGUACCAGCAAGGCAGGAAGUCCUGAUGGCAGCCCAUCCCAAACUCCUUCCUUCCAUCACCAUAUAUCUCUCUCAUCCCUGAGGCCUGUUCCUGAAGACAAAAGAGAUGGUGAUCAAGAAAGUGAGGAUGAGGAACCCCUUUAAGAGCAGUGUUUAUAAUUUAUUUAUUAUCGAGUUAAUUUUUUAUAUCAUCAUUUUGAAAAUGUCAUUUCUUUCUUGUGAUAUUUUAGAAUUUUAGAUAAUGUCAUAAUCCCAUGUUUCUGGGAAAAAUUUGAAAUUAUUAUGUUUUGUGAUUCAAGAGUUCUCAUUAUGAAUGCAUUUAUUUGGAUAGCAAGUGCUGAUUUUUUCUUUUGCUUUCCAUGUUGAAUAUUCUAAAAAGACAUUUUCUAUAAAAAAUUUGUGUAGGGCUCUAUAUGUCCGGUCUGCUACUGUAUAAUCAAUUAAAAUAAUAACCAUUGCUUAAACAAGAAACUCAAAACCGUUUGGUUAAAUCAAACCAUCAAAAAGUUAAGAUAUCAAAUAGACAGUACUUAUACACCCAUCAGCCAUAACACUGUAUAACACCACGUAACUUUAACACAUUAACAUUAUCAAUUAUAUACCAUUAAACUGUUGGCAUGAUUAUGGGCACCCAAGGCUCAUCUAUGCCUGUGGGGCUACCCCAAAAAGCAAAGACUACUCUGUUUGGUAUGAUCCCAUAGAAAAGCUAAUGUAGGACAACUGACUAAAAAAGUCAAUUCUGGCCAUGACAUAAAUGCACCAGAAUACCCAUUACACCACAAUCUGCCUUGCAUGGGGACUAGGCAAAGAGCCUAGGGCUACCAACCAGACCUCAAGAAAAACAAGCAAAGUCGAACAAACAAGUCGGAUCCAUGAAGGCCACAACUUAUAACCCACAGCUCCCAGGUCAUCUGGUGCCAACGUCUUAGUUUAAGACACCUCAGCACACACCCAAAGGUCUUAUCAAGCCAUGUCCUGAGGGGGCUGAGCUGCCCUAGUAGCACAAAGAGAAAGUACACAACUUAUUGCUGCUCGGUGUAGUAACUCUGUGGUACAGAACUACGUCUUCUUACUUCCACAUGUAUCAGUGUCAUCAUGUGUCCCCCUUUGGCCAGUUUCUAUGACACCAUCUAUAUCCCACCAAGCUAGACCAGUCUUCCGUCUUUGUCUACGUAUGCCCACCACUGUAGAACAAUCCAGUGUUUCCUUACAUAUUCUGUUGCAUUGGACUUAGACCUGAAUCUGUAAACUGGAAAAGAACAUGUAGUUACUCAUGGAAGACCUUGUAAAUUUGGCUUUUUCUGGUUUAAGGUUGGAAAUUAUAAGUUAUGAAAUUGAGUCAGAAUUCUAACCCUGCUUGCUGAAUCUUUAGAAACCUUUUUUUGCAGUUUAGCUAGCAAAUGGUGUGGCAAAUACUCUUUUUUAUUGUUUUGCCAUUCUUUUUUUAAAUUUCUUUUUUAUGUUUAACUUGCAAUUUCAUGUGAAUACUCUACACUGCCAAAAUUAUGUGCACACCUGAUUAUCUCACCCAUAUGUGGUUUGUCCACAAUCUGUCAUAAGGUUAGAAGCAUACAAUUGCAUAUAACAUUUCUGUAUGCUGUAGCAUAGCAAUUUCCCUACAGAGCUCCAAACCCUGUUCUGGCAUGACAGUGCCCCAUGCACAAAGCCAGCUUUAUGAAGACAUGGUUGGUUAAAGUUAGACUGGAGUUAAACCCAGUGGAACUGGAGCUGUAGCCUCCUCAACAUCCCAACAUCAAUGACUGAUCUUACAAAGGUUCUUGUAGCUGAAUGAGAAUCCCCACAGACCUGCUCCUAAAACUAGAGACAAGCCUUCCUAGAAGAGUGGAGGUUAUUUUAAGAGCCAAUAAGUCCGGAAUGGGACAAACAUAGAUGUGCGUGAUGGUCAGGUGUUCAAUAGCUUAUUGUUUAAUUCACAGCCUGUCAUUUAUGAAUUCUUUAUUUUCAGCUUUGGAUGUUUUUUUUGUUACAGUAUUAAUGUAAUUUAGCUUACAUUAGAUUUACUUCAGGUUAGAUUUCCACACCAUUGUCAUGUGGACAGAUUUCUCAUCAAAUCGAACCUUAUGUCUACUUCUCUCAGGUUGCUCUAAUGUCUUUAAACUAACAAUUCUUACAAGGAAUAUACCAUACAUGGUCACUAUGUACUGAUAUUUUUUCUUAACUUUGUAGUACGAGGUGGUAUUAAAACGUUUCGUUUAGCUAACACACAAACAGAUGGCAGCACAAGGUUUCACGCACAGUCACAGGGAGCACAACCUUCAUAAGUCAGUAUGCCAAAAGACAUGUCUCAAAUUCUUUGUGAAACUGGGCAAAUCUGCACAGAGAUGUUUGACAUGAUUCAGUAAAUUUGCGGCGAUGCUGCAAUGAGUCGUUCGACUCAUUAAAACUCAACUUGUUUUGAGUGGCACACGCGCUUCAAGAAUGGAAGAACAUCACUGGAAGACGACAAGAGAUUAGGCAGACCUUCAACAUGCUCAACCCCAAAAAUGUCGUAACCGUUUGGCAACUUCAGCACGAUGAUCGUCUGAAAACAAUCUACAACACUGAUACAAUUGUCGGUGUGUCAUACGAAACAAUGCAAGCAAUCCUCACAUGUGAUUUGAACAUGCGCCAUGUUGCUGCCAAGUUCAUCUCCAGGCUGCUGCCCCAGGGGCAGAAGGUACAUUGCAACGAAGUCUGCCAAGAACUCUGUCAGCAUGCCGUGGAUAACAUGUCCUUCAAGUCUCGGAUCAUUACCGGUGACGAAACUAGGGUGUAUGGGUAUGACCCUGAGACGAAGCAACAGUCUUCUUAGUAGAGGAGCCCAUCACCUCCACGAACCAGGUCCAUGGCUCGCAUACUAACCGUCUUUUUCGACAUUUGUGGCAUUGUGCAUAGAGAAAUCGUCCCCAGGGGCCAGAACGUCAAUAGUGACUGCCAGGUUUUAAGGAAUCUGAUAGAGGACAUAAACAGAGCUAAUCUCUAAACUUUUUAAUUCCACCUUGUACAUAACAUCUGAAGGAUAAUUGCAGCUAUCAGUCGGAAUAAAUAACUUAAAGGACUUUUUUUGUUUUGUUUGUUUUUUAAUCCUGAUGUACAUUCUGUUUUUAUUUAUUGCUCUUGUUCUCAUUUUAGUCAGACAUGAACUUCCAAGUUUAGUAUUACUGUAGUUACGCAGGUUAAGUAUAGGGAACUAUUUUGUGGAGUUAUUUCUUGUACUAGAAAGAAAAUCAGUUAUUAGAAUGUGAUGUAAAAUAUUCACAUUCCGAUUAAUUAUUUAGACAGUUCAUGUUUGUAGGGGGAUGUUAUAAUUAUGCAA